AUGUCAUAUGUAGAGAAUGUCAAGAAUUUUAAGUUUUCAAGUUUGUCAGCAAGUACUAUUGUUGAGGUAGACAGUGGAGCAGAAAAAAAAAAUUUAAAGGAGUUGACUUUAUCCAUGAGUAAUUUCCCAGACUUUAGAGGUUAUCAGUUCGAUAGUGUUACAUUUACUUUUAGCAGUGCAUUGAAUCCAUCAGAAGUAAUUACAAAUUUCCAAUAUUUAAAUGCUUCAAGUGCUCUAUUAUCAUUUCCCUCAAACUAUCUAGUUCCUUUUUAUCUUCACUUAAACUCUUAUAUUAACUUUAUGAAUCACUAUAUGGGUAAGUUUCAAAUACCAACCCAAUUCUACGAUAUAUCAAAUCUUGUCAAUUAUCAAUCUAUCAAAAUGGGUUUUGUUAGUGAGAAUUUCCUUUAUCAAAAGAACAUUCCAUUUAAAGUUAGUCCAACCACAAAUCUUGCAUUUUCAUUAACUCCAACAAAUUCAUUAACAAUUAAACCUCAACUACCUCCUAUUACCGAUGUUGGUUAUUUAAAAACUGUUAAAUAUGAAUAUAGUUGCCUAUCAGGAAAUUUACCAGAAUAUACCGGACAAGGUUCAGCAUACAUUUAUGAUAAUAACCGAUUAACAGGUACUAUACCUGAAUCAUGGUGCGGCACUGCUUUAUCUGUUGCAAAUAAUCAAUUAACAGGUACCAUUCCAUCAUGUUUUUCUUGUUAUUUUAAUAGUACUGUUUCAAUGCCAUUAUCAAUAUCUCAACCAACCGAUAUCUCUUUUACAACUAAAAUGUAUGAUAGGUUUGCUGGGAGUAUUAAUAAAUUUACAAAUUAUGAUAAGAAUAUUCCAUGUACAACUUAUAAACCACAAGUUAGAUACCAUAAUCAAACAACUAUUAUAAUUAGUGGUAUUGAUAUUGGUCAUCAACUUAACUAUUAUUAUGUUAAUACAGCUAUUUUAGGUUAUGGAUUGUGCAAAAGUGUUCCACAAGCAAUUAUUAGAUAUGGUUAUGAAUAUUAUUGUAAUCAGGCUUCUAUCUUAAAUGGUAAAUCAAUCAUAUUAUACAAUAUGGGAAAUAAUAUACAUUAUACUUUUGCAUUAGUCAGUAACCCACCAACUUUUACAUCAAUUAUUACAACUGAAAAUAAUAAAGUAUAUGCAAUUGGCACAUUCUUCUCAAGUUAUUUAGGUCAAUCAGAACAAACUAUAACUAUUGCAGGCACAGAUUGUCAAGUUACUAACACCGGAUUCACCAACUUUACUUGCAUCACAUCAGUUACAUUAUCAUCAGAAAAACAACUAGUUGUAAUAAAGAAUGAUAAUCAAACUAAAAAAGUAUUUGCAGUUUUCGAAAACAAUAGACUCAAUAAUAAACAAUGUCCAAAUGAUUGUGUAGGCUCACCAUCAGGAGAUAUUUGCGAUUUAAGCACUGGUACUUGUGUAGGUUGUCCAAACAAUUGUAGUGACCAUGGUACAUGUAACGAAAUAGAAGGCAAAUGUAUUUGUGAAGAAAACUAUAUACAAUAUGAUUGCUCAGAAUUAUACAUCGAAUGUGAAGAUCCAACAUGUUCAUCUCAAGGUCAUUGUGAUACAUCAGAUGGUAUUUGUGAUUGUAAUAAUGGAUUCGGUGGCGAUAAAUGCGAAUUCAGUCAACAUUAUAUUACAUCAGUUAACCCAUCAAAUGAAAAUGGUGGUGAAGCAAGCUUCUAUGGUAGUUUCGGUGAACAACACAACCAAUUAUCAAUUAUAAUCGGAUCAAAAACAUGUCCAGUUACACACUCUUCAAAUGAUUUAAUUAAUUGCACAGCACCACCAGGUAAAGGUAUUCACAGUCUCAAUAUCACUCAAAACAAUAUUGUUUAUAUUGGUAAAGAUAUUUACAUUUAUUCAAAAGUACCACAAAACAUAUUCGGAUGUCCAAAGAACUGUUCAUCACAUGGUAAAUGUAAUACAUCAAACGGUAAAUGUGAAUGUUAUUUAGGAUAUACAUCAUUUGAUUGUGGAUCAAUGCUCGGAGGAGGAAAUAAAGAUAAUACAAUCACAACAACUGAACCACCAACAUCAAAUGUAGAUAACAGCACAGGUAUUGUAGAUUUUCAAAAUGAGAGAAUCAACUUUAAAAUCUUCCUCAAAUCAUUAAAUGAAAUAGAUAUUAAUAAUAAUAUUGUCAAUAGCUAUUCAUUAGUAUCAGAUUGGACAGUAAACAAAACACAAUCAAACAUUUAUACAUUCGAACAAUCACCAAACCAAGACGAAUUCAAAGUUAUAUCAACCAUCGAACAAAUUGAAAACGACAGAUCAGUUUCAUUUGCAGGUAUCGACUUUUUACUCACCAAUAACUCAAUUAAAUUCACAGUUUUAAUUAAAAACUAUAAAUAUCAAUCAUUCUUAAACACACUUCAACUCGAAAUGGAAUCAAACACAACCGAAUUAACCAAAGAUGAUUGCAACAGUAAAGAAACUCAAUUAGACACUGAAAAUCUCAAAAAUCAAUAUGAUCUCAGUUAUAUCAAACUUUCAAAGAAUAAUGUCGAUUUUGUAGGUAGAUUCAUCAACAAAGUAGUAUCAGACUCGAAACCAACAUUUUUAACAACAUCAUACACCAAACUCAACGAUUCAGUAACUAUCACAUUACACUUACCACAUUGUGUCAAUGAAUGUUUAAUCGAUCCAGAUUUCUCUGCAUUAUUAUCAUCAGAUUUCUCAGAGUGCAAAUCACCAAAACAAAAUAUCAAAUGGAAGAUAGUAGUUGGUGUUAUUGUAGGUGUUGUUGGUGUGGUCUAUACAGACGGGGUUUACUCAAAAGAUUUAUUUAAUCCAUAUUGCCACGAUAAUGGAUCUCUUAAUACCUUUUCACCUCAAAAAGGUAGCAAUGAUGUUGUCACACCGGGAGCAGAAGUUUUAGAUAGCGAUCUUGAUUGCUUUCCAUUUAUAACAUCUAUCAAUAUUAUUGGUUUUACACUCUCUGAUAGUUUUCUUUAUCAUCAUUUCCCAACAGUAGAGUCCAUCACUUUGAGCAGUAACACAUUGAGUGAUUUUACACAGAAAUUACCAUCUUACAAAACAUAUAGAAUUACCUCAAAUAGCAUCACAAAUAUUAAAAUGUCUCAUUUAAACGAUAUCACUUCAUUUUAUUUUUUUAAUUUAAAUUAUGCAACUACUUUUGAAGUUGACAGCGGGGCAGAUAAAACAAAUUUAAAGAGUUUAGAUAUAUUUUUAACAAAUUUCCCAAACUUUGAGGGUUAUCAAUUCGAUAGUGCUAUAUUUACUUUUGGGAGUGUUUUCAAUCCAUCAGAUUUGCUUACAAAUUUUCAAUAUUUAAAUGCUAUCCAAACAGUUUUCACUUUUAAUACAAAUUUUAAAGUUCCUUUUUAUCUUCACCUCAACCCCUAUAUAAAAGUUAUCGAUCAUUAUAUGGGCUAUUUCGAAACACCAACUCAAUUCUAUGAUAUGUCAAAUCUUGUCAAUUAUCAAUCAAUCAAGAUGAGUUACGUUGGCGAAAAUUUCCUUUAUCAAGAUAAAAUUCCAUUUAAAGUUAGUCCAACCACAAAUCUUGCAUUUUCAUUGACUUUUACUACUGCAAUAACAAUUAAACCUCAACUACCUCCAAUUACCGAUGUUGGCAAUUUAAAAACUGCUGCCUAUAGAUAUAGUUACCUAUCAGGUAAUUUACCAGAAUAUAACGGACAAGGUUCAGCAUACAUUUAUGACAAUAACAAAUUAACAGGUACUAUACCUGAAUCAUGGUGCGGCACAGCUUUAUCUGUUGCAAAUAAUCAAUUAUCAGGUUCUAUUCCAUCAUGCUUUUCUUGUUAUUUAGGUGCUACAGCUCAUUAUUCAAAUGAAAUUUCGGGUCCAAACGGUAUUGUAACUAUGGCUACAAUGUAUGAUAGAUUUGCAGGUACUUCUAAUACAUUUACAAAUUAUGAUAAAUCCAUUCCAUGUACAACUUAUAAACCACAAGUUAAAUACCAUAAUCAAACAACCAUUAUAAUUGGUGGUAUUGAUAUUGGUCAUCAACUUAACUAUUAUUAUGUUGGUUCAAUUUCAAUCUCCACCCAGUGUAAAUCUGUUCCAGGUUCAGUUAUUAGAUAUGGUUAUGAAUAUUAUUGUAAUCAAAACAUUGGUAUUCAAAAUUUAAAAAUUUUCACAUUAUACAAUAUAGGAAAUAGUUUACAUUAUACUUUUGCUUUUGAAAGUAAACCACCAACUUUUACAUCAAUUAUUACAACUGAAAAUAAUAAAGUAUAUGCAGUUGGCACAUUCUUCUCAAGUUAUUUAGGUCAAUCAGAACAAACUAUAACUAUUGCAGGCACAGAUUGUCAAGUUACUAACACUGGUUUCACCAACUUUACUUGCAUCACAUCAGUUACAUUAUCAUCAGAAAAACAACUAGUUGUAAUAAAGAAUGAUAAUCAAACUAAAAAAGUAUUUGCAGUUUUCGAAAACAAUAGACUCAAUAAUAAACAAUGUCCAAAUGAUUGUGUAGGCUCACCAUCAGGAGAUAUUUGCGAUUUAAGCACUGGUACUUGUGUAGGUUGUCCAAACGAUUGUAGUGGCCAUGGUAUUUGUAACGAAUCAAAAGGCAAAUGUGAAUGUAAUCCAAACUAUAUAAAUUUCGAUUGUUCAAAACUAUACAUCCCGUGUCCAAACGAUUGCAGUUCACACGGUCAAUGUGAUACUAAUACUGGUAUUUGUAAAUGUGAUGACAAUUAUAUCCAUGAUGAUUGUUCAGAAUUAUAUAUCCCAUGUCCAAAUGAUUGUAGCUCACACGGUCAAUGUAACACUAAUACUGGUAUUUGUAAAUGUGAUUCCAAUUAUAUUAAUGAUGAUUGUUCAGAAUUAUACAUCUCAUGUCCAAAUGAUUGUAGCUCACACGGCCAAUGCAACACUAAUACUGGUAUUUGUCAAUGCAGCACUAAUUAUAUUCAAGAUGAUUGUUCAGAAUUAUACAUAGAAUGUCCAAACAAUUGCAGCUCACAUGGUCAAUGCAACAAUAACACUGGUAUUUGCCAAUGCAGCACUAAUUAUAUCCAUGAUGAUUGUUCAGAAUUAUAUAUCUCAUGUCCAAUUGAUUGUGGAUCACACGGUAAAUGUAACACUAAUACUGGUAUUUGUAAAUGUGAUGACAAUUAUAUUCAAGAUGAUUGUUCAGAAUUAUACAUUCAAUGUCUAAACAAUUGCAGCUCACAUGGUCAAUGCAACACUAAUACUGGUAUUUGUAAAUGUGAUGACAACUAUAUUCAAGAUGAUUGCUCAGAAUUAUACAUCGAAUGUGCAGAUCCAAUAUGUUCAUAUCAAGGUCAUUGUAUUACAUCAAAUGGUAUUUGUGAUUGUAAUAAUGGAUUCGGUGGUGACAAAUGCGAGUUCAGUCAACACUAUAUUUCAUCAGUUAACCCAUCGAAUGAAAAUGGUGGUGAAGCAAGCUUCUAUGGUAGUUUUGGUGAACAACACAACCAAUUAUCAGUUAUAAUCGGAUCAAAAACAUGUCCAGUUACACACUCUUCAAAUGAUUUAAUUAAUUGCACAGCACCACCAGGUAAAGGUAUUCACAGUCUCAAUAUCACUCAAAACAAUAUUGUUUAUAUUGGUAAAGAUAUUUACAUUUAUUCAAAAAUACCACAAAACAUAUUCGAAUGUCCAAAGAACUGUUCAUCACAUGGUAAAUGUAAUACAUCAAAUGGUAGAUGUGAUUGUUAUUUAGGAUAUACAUCAUUUGAUUGUGGAUCAAUGCUCGGAGGAGGAAAUAAAGAUAAUUCAACCACAACAACUGAACCACCAACAUCAAAUGUGGAUAACAGCACAGGUAUUGUAAAUUUUCAAAAUGAGAGAAUCAACUUUAAAAUCUUCCUCAAAUCAUUAAAUGAAAUAGAUAUUAAUAAUAAUAUUGUCAAGAGUUAUCCAUUAGUAUCAGAUUGGACAGUAAUCAAAACACAAUCAAACAUUUAUACAUUCGAACAAUCACCAAACAAAGACGAAUUUAAAGUUAUAUCAACCAUUGAACAAAUUGAAAACGACAGAUCAGUUUCAUUUGCAGGUAUCGACUUUUUACUCACCAAUAACUCAAUUAAAUUCACAGUUUUAAUUAAAAACUAUAAAUAUCAAUCAUUCUUAAACACACUUCAACUCGAAAUGGAAUCAAACACAACUGAAUUAGCCAAUGAUGAUUGCAACAAUAAAGAAACUCAAAUAGACACUGAAAACCUCAAAAAUCAAUAUGAUCUCAGUUAUAUUAAACUUUUAAAGAAUAAUAUCGAUUUUGUAGGUAGAUUCAUCAACAAAGUAGUAUCAGACUCGAAACCAACAUUUUUAACAACAUCAUACACCAAACUCAACGAUUCAGUAACUAUCACAUUACACUUACCACAUUGUGUCAAUGAAUGUUUAAUCGAUCCAGGUAAUAUAUUAUCUUAA